ACCAAAAACUCGUGUUUUUGCGGUAAACUUACCGUUAACCACGUCGGUUUUAGCUGCUGUUAGCUUAACGUUACUGUAACGUAUAACUUCCGGGAAAUGACGUUGAUAACAUGUUCGGCUUUUUACUACCGUUACCUUGCAGUCUUACAUCUCAUUCACCUAAACGCUCUUAAAUUGAUGUCUGGUUCAUUUUAAAACCUAGUUUUCAAUUCGGAUUUUAUCUUAUUGCUCACGAUGAGGAAAUGAAUCUAUGGAGAUGUUAUCUUUUUUUUUAAUGUAGCUCCCAUGGUCUUUACUUCGUAUUCCUCUCAAACGUAUUGAAACAGCAACUUUAGAUCCCCGAGAAGAACCACUAUUCCAUCCUUAAGUUAAUAUUCUGGUUGCGAGCUGCCACUUUAUUUCAGAUUAUGUCUCAUGGAUGUCCUCUCGGAUGAAGCUCCUAUCUGCUAAUUGGACAAUGUUGCAAUGUUUUAUAUUGCACCCAUGCCUCUUCCAGACACAAUGUUCUGUGCCCAGCAAAUCGACAUCGCCCAAGAGCUGCCAGACAUCCUGAAAAACUUCACCAAGGCAGCCGUCCGUACGCAGCCCGAGGACCUGCUGCUGUGGUCUGCGGCAUACUUUACUGCGCUGUCUAAAGGAGAGCGUCUGCCUGUGAAGGAUCGGCUGGAGCUGAAUGUCACACAUAAGACGGACAGCGCGAUGACUCCUGGUCUGCUAAAGACUCUCCAUAAACAGAAAGGGGAGGGGCUAAUUCAAAAAGCUGCCUGGUCACGUGACCAGACCAACGUCUAACGUGCGUCCAAGGGGCUCUUCACCUGGCG